GGCGGCAAAUUUAGUGGUAGCAGUCAAAGUAAAAUACCCCAGGAAGACCUUAAAAAGCAGCUGAUCAAUUCAAUAUGAGUGCUUUACGGCUAUUGACGAAACGUUUAAACUACCCAACAUUGAGUCCCGCAAGAGUACUCUUUCAUCCAAAUUUUGCCACUACACCUUUAUUUUACACUCCUCAAGACAAGAGGCAUAGCAGCAGUGAAGCACCGUCGUCUUAUUUCUUGUUUUCUCCCGAUCUUCCUCCCGUGUAUGCACUUCAAGUAUUCCUGGAGACAGUCCAUUCUUGGACUCAUCUUCCAUGGUGGGCAGUGAUUGUUGGGUCCACAAUUGCUUUAAGAAGUAUAGUCACUGUUCCUUUAGCGAUUUAUCAGAACAAACUUCUUGCUGAAAUUGAACUGCGUCAACCAACGAUUAGUAUGAUGACUGAGGCUCUCAAACACAGAGUAGUUGGAGAAUGUCGCAGAUCAAAUGUACCUCCUGAAGAAGCGGAGAGACAAUAUUCAAGAAGAAGUAGAAAGAUGAUCUCUGAGUUUUACAAGUCUGAAGGUCUCAGCCCAUUGAAGCUCUCUAUAUUGCCAUGGACUCAGCUUCCACUAUGGUUCUUUCUUUCCUUGUCACUUAGAAAUUUGGCUGGUUUCUUUCCUUGGCAAAGGAAUGCAGGUGAGGUUAUUCUUCCUUGUCCAGAGAUCACUUAUGAAGGAGUACUGUGGUUUCCAGAUCUCACUGCAGCAGACCCAACCCUGAUCAUACCUUGUGCCGUUGGUAUUUUUAAUCUUGCUAAUAUUGAACUUCAUGCCCUGCGACGACACAAUGCAACCAGAUUUCAGCGGAUGUUAACAAACACAUUAAGACUGGUAUCGGUGGGUAUGAUCUUUGUUGCAGCUCAAGUUCCAUCGGUAAGUUUCCUUACACAGUGUUUUGUAGUCCCAAGAAAACAAAACCUCUGUCUAUGAUAAAUAGGGACUCUCCUUCUUUCCCAGCUUAUUCUCUUGCACAUGACCGAAGUGAUCAGCAAAGAACAAAUAGUUUAUGUAAAACAACUGAGUCAUAUGACUAAGUGUGAUAUUUGAUAUCCUAACCCAAACCCAGUCCCCCAUUCAAUAGAGGAAUUCCUUUCUUGCCACAUUUGGCUAGGAAACCAUGUCUCUGUGCUAGUGGUUCAAAUUUCACGGUACAUUCUUUUUUGGCAGGCAAUGUGGCUUUACUGGGCAGUUUCUGCUUUCUUUGGGCUGGCUCAGAAUAUAACAUUUAAAUUCCCUGUCGUUCGCCGUCUCCUUGGUAUUCCAAAGACUCCCAGUGAGAGUCAACAUCCAGUGCAAGACUUAAAGAAUCUGUUGCAACUCAAGGGAGAAGAGUUUAUGAGAAUUCAAAGAGAAGGACAAUC